UUAUGAUAUAAUAUUAUAAGUUAUAACAACAAAGUUAAUUAUUAUUAAGCCAUUAAGGGCAAUAAGGCGUUCGUGACUGCGAGAAAGUAUACCAGUAUUCCAGUUGAUUAUUGACUUUCGUGACGACUAGUGCUGUAUUCACAUACACCAUGAAUAUUAUUCCGAGGUUUGGAAAGAAUGUUAAAUUUGGAUUGUUCAACUUGACUAAAAAGUAUACUACCCCAAGUACUACUCCAUCAAAUCCCCCGCCUACAAAUCCAAGUGUAACACCUUCAUUCAAUUCAAAUAUCAAGUAUCCACUAACAAAUACAAGAAAAAUCUUGUGUGUCUGGGCUAAACGAUAUCCGUCACUAAAAGAUGUUCCAGAUCAUGUCACACCUGAAGUAUGGAACAAAGUGCGUUCUAUUGUACGAAUCAAAGUGGCUAACUAUACAAUGUUCUUUAUAAUAUUGGGCUGUAUUGCAAUGAUUAUUACUGGCAAGAGAGCGCGUGACCGUGGUGAGACAAUAAUGCAAAGAAAUUUGGAUUGGCAUCAAAAGUACUCUGAAGGAAAAGAAGAUAUAAAAAAUAUUGGUGUGUUUGGAAAAUAAAUAGUUUUAGAAAUAUUAAUAUUAUUUAAUUGUUGUACAAUGUUUUAUUAUUAUUGAUAGAUAGGUUCAAGUCCAUUUUAUAAAAAAAUGUAUAGUUGUUAGUUGUUUCUUUUUUAUGUGUUUGUCAAAUUAAUAAAAUCAUAAAUAUAUUUUUUUGAUUAUAAUUAAGAUAAUUACUAAUUUAUCUACCUAUACAAUGAGAAAUAUAAUAUUUACUUUUA